UCCUACGCCCUUGCCCCACAUCCACAAACAAACAUGUCCGUUGUCUCGUUGCUCAGCGUCGAGGUCAAGAACAACCCGGCCACGUUCAACGCGCCAUAUGAGUUCGAGAUCACGUUUGAAUGCCUCGAACAGCUCCAGAAAGGCAAGGUCGUCGCGUCUCGUUUCCCGUUGGUCUAUACUAAUAUUUGCCACAGAUCUCGAGUGGAAGUUGACGUACGUCGGCUCUGCUACCUCCACGACCAGGAGCUCGAAUCUGUCCUCGUCGGCCCCAUUCCCGUCGGCGUCAACAAAUUCCAAUUCCGUGCAGACCCUCCCGAUCUAUCUCGCAUCCCCAACAGCGAAAUCAUCGGCGUCACUGUCAUCCUGCUGAGCUGCAGCUACGACGAGCGCGAGUUCGUACGGGUGGGCUACUAUGUCAACAACGAGUACACGGACGAGGCUCUGGCUCUUGAGCCACCUGCCAAACCCGUCAUCGAGAAAGUGCGCCGCAACAUCCUGGCAGAAAAGCCGCGAGUGACGCGAUUUGCGAUCAAAUGGGAUUCCGACGAGACUGCUCCACCAGAGUUCCCCCCAGACCAGCCCGAGGCCGAUCUCGUUGCAGAUGGCGACCAAUAUGGUGCCGAAGAGGAAGAGGAGGAAGAAGAGGAGGCGGAGGCUGAGGGCGCCGCUGUGGCUGAAGGCGACGACGCGGAGAUGGCUGGUGCUGAUGAUACAGCGGGACCCGCUGCCGACGACGACGCAGCUUCGGAAGCCGGAAGCGAGGAGAUCGACAUCGAAGAGAGCGAGGGCGAAGACGAAGACGAGGAGGAAGCAGAAGAGGAGGGCGGUGAUGAUAUGGAGAUGGACGAUGCUGGACCUGCCAACGAUGACCAGAGUCGCCCUCAGCAGCCUGCUCCCGCCAAUGCCGAUGUCAUGGUACACUAG